AUGAUACCUUCCACAGGAUGGUCGUUGUUAGACAACGUCAUAAUAAGGAACGGCACACUAUAUAUUGUCACGGAAGACCCGUCUUCCUUCUUAGAUCCCUACCAUAUGUUCUCGACAGGUGCACCAAUGUUGAGUGAUCCAGCCAGUUGGGCAGCCAAGGAUCCUACCUCGAAAGAGAUUCGAAUCGUCACCCCAGCCGAAGCGCUGAGAAUCAUUGGCCCUCAUGCCAGCCGUCUAGAAGGGGUUACCUUUCUGUGUAAUGAUAAUCCACAAUUCGUUUCGCACUAUUAUCACUUCGUCGCAGAAAUCCUCUUUGGCUUGUGGAGGACAUAUUCUGUCCUCGACCUCAACAUCCAGGCAGACGGCAAUACAACUCUGGCCGCACCCCGUCGGUUCUUGUUCCCUAGAGUGAAGAAAUUGGAGUUCGAUGAUUAUAGCGGACUCAGUUCUCUCAUACCUCAAACCAUAUUUCCCACUAUGAGUUUCGAGUUUUCUGACACUUGGGCUGAUCGCAGCCAGACCGACCGACCCUUCAUUUUUGAUCGGGUCGUGAUCGCCGAUCGUGUCUCUGCUGAACAUGCACCCGAGUGGAAUGGACUUUACAAGUACGUUGCUCCCGCGUUCACGCUCCCCGGCAGCCCAGGCCCGCUGUGGUGGUCGCCGGUGCGACGAGCGUUGCUCCAGUUCCUUGGCAAAUUUCGCGCUAUGGAGUCGCCAACUGCGUCAACCGUCCCCGUGAUCACCUAUAUUUCACGGCAAGAUUGGAAUCGGCGUAUGCUUCAUCCCGAUGAUCACAAGGUUCUGGUCAAAGCACUCGGGGAUUUGCAUCGAAACCAUGGAUAUGAAGUUAAUAUUGUGAAUGUGGAAGAACUCAGCGAGAGGGAGCAACUUUCGCUUGCCGUUCGAACGACCGUGAUGCUCGGUGUUCAUGGCAACGGUUUGACCCAUGCGGUCUGGAUGGACCCCCGACGAAAACCCGUGCUAAUGGAGUUCUUUGCUCAAGAUGGGUUUUCCACUGAUUAUGAAUAUCCGAUGAGACAACUUGGCAUUGAAUAUUAUGGUUGGUGGGGCAACAAAUACUUUGGGCAUCGUGAAUUGCCAUCCGUGUAUAUGGGGGGUGGCUUCCAGGGGAACAAUAUUCGUAUUGAUGGCAUGGCUGUCGCGGCGAAGAUUGUGGAACAUAUCCAAUCUUCCGAGACCUCAUGA